ACUGGUUGGUGACCGUUCAUGGGCAGUGGCAGUGUCAUCCAGCAAAUAAAGGAACCAAAAGUGAUCAGCAGAGAGUCAAGGGGAAGGACACAGGAAGUUUCUUUGGGCUGUUUUGCAACUUCAUGCUGUGUCUUUGCAAAACAAAGGAGGGCACCGGGGCUUCUUUUUUUCACACUUAACACACAGAACAUAGCAGAAGCGAGCAAAAGCAGAGACGUGCGCUGACGAGAUGGGGGACGACGAACUCAAAGGCAAGGUUCCUCUGGUUGAGGAGGUUGCCGUGAAAGUGCUUCAUGACUCCGAAUCAUCAGUCGGACCCGAUGACAAAGCUGAUUACCCCCCCGCCGGGACAAACUCCAUCUACUCAGCUAUUCUAAGCAGAAACGAGGCCGUCAAAGAUGCCAAGCGGCUCAAGACUUUCCUAGAGCUGAGGGACAAAUAUGUGAAGAAGAAGGUUGUGUUUGAGGACCCUCUGUUCCCGGCUAAUGACUCCUCACUGUUCUACAGCCAGAAGCGUCCCAUGAAGUUUGAGUGGAAGCGUCCCUCGGAAAUUUGUGAAAACCCCCAGUUCAUUGUGGAUGGAGCCAACAGGACAGACAUCUGUCAAGGAGAACUGGGUGACUGCUGGCUGCUGGCCGCUAUCGCCUGCCUGACACUGAACGAGAAGCUGCUGUACAGAGUGAUUCCCCCGGACCAGAGCUUCACCGAAAACUACGCCGGCAUCUUCCACUUCCAGUUCUGGCGCUAUGGAGAAUGGAUCGACGUGGUCGUGGACGACCGCAUCCCCACCUGCAACAACCAGCUGGUUUUCACCAAAUCCUUCAGAAAGAACGAGUUCUGGAGCGCCCUUCUGGAGAAGGCCUACGCCAAGUUGCACGGGUCUUAUGAGGCUCUGAAAGGGGGCAACACUCUGGAGGCCAUGGAGGACUUCACAGGCGGACUCACCGAGUUCUUUGAGUUGUCCGAGGCGCCCAAAGAGCUCUUCAACAUCAUGAGGAAGGCUCUGGAGAGGGGCUCGCUGAUGGGCUGCUCCAUAGACGUCCUUUCAGCCAGUGAAAUGGAGUCUCGCACGGAGCAGGGUCUCGUCAGAGGUCACGCCUACUCCAUCAUAGCCCUGGAGGAGUGUGACGAGGUCAAUAAAGACACCAGAAUUCGCCUGAUCCGUUUGCGCAAUCCCUGGGGUUGGGUGCUCUGGAAGGGGCCGUGGAGCCCAAAUUCAAAAGAGUGGUCGACCAUUUCCACCGCAGACAGGGAGAACCUAAAGAAACAGACCGUGGAGACCAGUGAGUUCUGGAUGUCCUUUGAUGAUUUCAAGAAGUAUUUCACCAAGCUGGAGAUGUGCAACCUGACCCCCGACACCUUGCAGGGCGAUGAGAGACAGAGCUGGUCGGUGUCGGUCAACGAGGGCCGCUGGGUGAGGGGCAGCUCUGCUGGCGGCUGCAGGAACUUCCCAGACACGUUCUGGACGAACCCUCAGUAUCGGCUGCAGCUGUACGAGCAGGACGACGACCCGGUGGACGAGAGGAUGGCCUGCACGGUUGUGGUGGCUCUGAUGCAGAAAGGACGCAGGAUGCAGCGCCACCAAGGGGCCAGAUUCCUCACCAUUGGAUUUUCCAUUUACGAGGUGCCGAAAGAGAUGCGUGGACAGAAUAAACAUCUGCAGAAGGACUUCUUCCUCUACACAGCCUCCAAGGCCAAAUGUAAGACCUACAUCAACCUGCGGGAAGUGACGGAGCGUUUCCGUCUGCCGCCUGGAGAGUACGUCAUCAUCCCCACCACCUUCGAACACCAUCAAGAUGGAGAGUUCAUCCUCAGGGUCUUCUCCGAGAAGCAGAGCACGUCAGAGGAAGCAGAGAGCACCAUCGAAUCUGACCAAACACAGCAAGACAAGAAAAAGAAGGAAAAGCCUAUUGUAUUUGUGUCAGACAGAGCGCGCGCCAACAAAGAAAUCGAGCAUGACGGCAUUCGGGGGGAGAAGAAGAGCAAACCGAAGAAAAAAUUGCUAGAAGCCGAAGAAGAGACUGAGGAGGAAAAACAGUUCCGGGCCAUUUACCAGCAGAUUGCUGGAGAGGACAUGCAGAUCUGUGCCAACGAGCUCAAGACGGUCAUGAAGAACGUUCUGGCCAAACACAGUGAAAUAAAGACAGAAGGAUUCAGCCUUGAGACGUGUAGGAGUAUGAUCGCCUUGAUGGACACCGAUGGGACAGGGAAAUUAAAUCUACAGGAGUUCAAACACUUGUGGAAGAAGAUCAAGCAGUGGCAGGUCAUCUUCAAACGUUACGACAAAAACAAAUCCUGCUCCAUCAGCAGUUUUGAGAUGAGGAACGCUGUUCACGACGCAGGGUUUCACCUCAACAAGCAGCUGUAUGACAUCAUUGCCAUGCGCUACGCAGACGAACACCUCAACAUCGACUUUGACAGUUACAUCUGCUGCUUUGUGCGGCUGGAGGGGAUGUUCAGGGCGUUCAAUGCCUUCGACAAAGACGGAGAUGGGAUAAUUAAGCUAAACGUCCUGGAGUGGCUUCAGCUGACCAUGUACUCGUAGCUCAUCUCCACGUGUCCCCGGCUUUACCGUCUCUUAAUUUAACUGAAUGUAUUUUUGCACAGGUGUUGUGAUCACGGCAGGAGAAUGGUGUUAUAAUCAGGCAUUUCGUUGUUAAAUAACUGGACUUCUGAUGGUUAAAAUUUCAGGUCAAAUUUACUUUGACGCAUGUUUAAUAAUAAAGCCGAUUAUUUAAAGAUCAUGCCAAAAUUAGCUAAAUGCCAAACUCAUAAAUGAGUAUGCUACUUUAGUUGCUAAAGUUCCGAUGUUAUGAAAUACAUGUGCUGAUAAAGAAAAUGUCUGACUGAGCUUUUUCAUGUGUUUGUAAAAUAAAGUUGGAGUGAACGUUGUA